AUGAUGGAGGAUGAAAUUCAAGGCCCCCAGGGUAAGAAGAUCGUGCCAGGCCUCCUGUGCCUGGGACACAUCCCGCCCCGCUUCCGGCCCCGGCACGUCCGCAACCUGCUCAGCGUCCAUGGGGAGGUCGGGCGCAUCUUCCUGCAGCCUGAAGAGCGGUUUGUCCGGCGGAGGAAGAAGAAAGCCGGUGCCAAGGCCAAGAACUACACAGAGGGCUGGGUGGAAUUCAGAGACAAGCGUGUGGCCAAGCUCGUGGCCGCCAGCCUGCACAACACGCCCAUGGGCACCCGCCGGAGGAGCCGCUUCCACUACGACCUGGGGAACAUCAAGUACCUACACCGCUUCAAGUGGCCCCACCUGAGCGAGCGGCUGGCCUACGAGCGCCAGGUCCGGCAUCAGCGCCUGCGGGCCGAGAUUUCCCAGGCCAAGCGCGAGACCAACUUCUACCUGCGCAGCGUGGAGACCAGCCAGCGCUUCGCCCGCCGCGCCGCCGCCGCCCCUGCCGGGGAAGAGGAGAAGAGCUGGGGCUUCGUCCAGCGCCCCACGGAGGAGGAGAUCCAGCUGCGCAAGGCGGGCGGGGGCGGGCGGCGGUUGCGCGGGCAGCUGGCCAGGGCCCAGGAGAUCCAGCUGAAAUCCCAGACCAGCCGCUCCCUGCUGGCCAAGAUCUUCAACGCUGCGGACACUGCCUCCGAGAGAGCCCCGGGGGGGCCGGAGCUGCAGUGAGAACCCGGGGGGGGGCUGAGGGCACCGGGCUGCAGAAUGUGAUGGGGACUGGGCAGGCGGUGCUCCCCUUGGCAGGGAGGAAGCACCAUGCUGUGGAGAAUGGGGUGAGGGGGCUGUGGGAGGGGAGGGGACUCCAGUGGGGCUGAGCAGGGAGUGCUGGGAUCCAGGACUCUUGCAUCCUGUGCCUGGCUGGGGGGCAGGGAGCCAGGACUCCUGGG